CAAACAUGCUGCAGCUGUCACUGGCUACAUGUCAGGAGACAGCCUAGGUGUCAGUUGGUCCAUAUUUUUGGAUAUAUACCUGUGAUCUUCAUAUACCGCACCAAAAUGAUGGAAUCCAGGUCCAUAAAAAAAGCUGCUAAGUGGCCCAGAGAAGAUCUUACAGGAAGCUCAGUUCAAAGUGUGAGGAAAGCAUGUAUCCAGGCAUCUGCAAAGACCAUCCAAGAAUUGCCUAAAAGCAUCAGACUGAAUAAAUUCAGAGCAAGACCAAUCGAACUCAGCACCUUCCUUCCUCUGCUUACAGUUUCCUCACAUAGCACUUUGUUAUGUGCAAGCAGGACCAGGACUAGUAAUAACUGUGUGUCUACAGAGGCCAGUGGUUCUAAAACACAGAGCAGAUCAGUAAAUGGAAAUAGAGUAGUAUUGGCAUACCAACCUAAAACCAAUCUGAAGAAGUAUGAAUUACCGUCGAAUUCAAUUAGAGUGAAUGAAGAUGAUAUCUCAUUGAAAAAGGAGGAAGACAUUUCAGGGAAAACAAAAUGUUUCUUAAAUUCCCUGAAGCCUAUAAAUAUUGCUCAGGAAGACCUUUGGUUUUUCAAUUCAUCAUUUACACACAAUCCUCAGUUUAAAGAUGAAAAUCCUGCAUUGCCAGAUGAUCUGGCAUACCAACCUAAAGCCAAUCUGAAGAAGCGUGAAUUACCAAAUUCAAUUAGAGUGAAGGAAGAUGAUAUCUCAUGGAAAAAGGAGGAAGACAUUUCAGGGAAAACAAAAUGUUUCUUAAGUUCCCUGAAGCCUAUAAAUAUUGCUCAGGAAAAACGUAGGUUUUUCAAUUCAUCAUUUACACACAAUCCUCAGUUUAAAUAUGAAAAUCCUGCAUUGCCAGAUGAUCUGAAAAAGCACAGCAUUGCCUCCAACAGAUUCCUGAAACAGGCAAUUGAUAUCAUGGAUAGAGCGAUUAAUAAAUAUGGCAGCUAUUCAGAGUUUGAAAAAGCAACUGGCGGAAGUCUACUGUCAAAAAGGCAAAUUUUGCUCCAUGCUGAACAAUAUAUGAAGAAAGAAGGUUGUCUGGGUGAGAUUGCUGUCCACCUUUCAGAGGACAUGAUUCCUCAAGCCUAUAUGUCAGAGGUCAAGGGUCAGCCGACAAUGACCAUUAAUGUGUCUGUUGCCCGGGAAAAGUGGCUGGAAGGGACACUUAGACAUGAAAUAGGAACCCAUUAUUACCGUAUGGUGAACAACAAGCAACAGCCAUGGUAUAACAGCCACGGCCGUGAACAAUAUAAUCUAAAGCCCUGCAAUCCCACCGAAGAAGGCCUGGCAAGUCUCCACACUGUUUUGACUGAAGAAAACCCUUUCCUGUGGAGAGCUGCACUGCUCUAUUACACAGUUUACCAAGCCAGCCAGAUGUCGUUUAGUGAGCUGUUCAAAGACUUGGGUCGGUUCAUGGAAAACCCGAACACAAGAUGGCACUACUGUAUGCGUGCGAAGAGAGGCUGCACUGACACAUCCCAGCCAGGUUGCUGCAGCAAAGAUCAGGUGUACCUUGACGGUAUUUUACAUAUUCUGAGGCACAGAGACACCAUCGAUUUCCGCCUACUCAUGUGCAUGGGCAAGGUAUCCUAUGAAGAUAUACACCGUUUGAAGCAGUUUGCAGUCUUUCCCGAUGCUAAAAUUCCUCUGUUCUUAAAAAAUCAAGGACAGUACAUGAAACAUCUGUUGAACAUCAUGAAAGUGAAUGGCCUGACAGACAAGAAGCUGAGGAAGCUUAUCAAGUAACCACACCACUGAUUACAGUUGGACUUCAUUGUAGACCAGGAGAAUGUGGAGGUGUUACAAGUUUUAUGGCCUAAAAAAGUGGUUCCAGCCUCAAUAGGCGACUCUCAGGCCACAGCCCCAAGAGAGGGUACUCCCAGACCAAAGUCCCAAGAGGAGACUCUCAGACCACAGUCCUAGGAGGGGACUCUUGAGCCACAGCCCCAGGAGGGGGUUCAGAGGCCAUAGCCCCAAGAGGGGGUUCAGAGGCCACAGCCCCAGGAGCGGACUUUUGGGCCACAGCCCCAGGAGCGGACUUUUGGGCCACAGCCCCAGGAGCGGACUUUUGGGCCACAGCUACUGGAAAGGACUUUUGGGCCACAGCUCCUGGAAAGGACUUUUAGGCCACAGCCCCAGGAGUGAACAUUUGGGCCCCAGCCCCAGGAGUGGAUGUUUGGGCCACAGCCCCAGGAGUGGGUGUUUGGGCCACAGCUCCUGGAUAGGACUUUUGGGCCACAGCUCCUUGAGAGGACUUUUGGGCCCCAGCCCCAGGAGUGGAUGUUUGGGCCACAGCCCCAGGAGUGGAUGUUUGGGCCACAGCUCCUGGAGAGGACUUUUGGGCCACAUCCACAGGAGUGGACAUUUGGGCCCCAGCCCCAGGAGUGGAUAUUUGGGCCACAGCUCCUGGAGAGGACUUUUAAGCCACAGCUUCUGGAGAGGACUUUUAGGCCCCAGCCCCAGGAAGGGACAUUUGGGCUACAGCCCCAGGAGUGGAUGUUUGGGCCACAGUUCCUGGAGAGGACUUAUAGGCCACAGCUCCUAGAGAGGACUUUUGGGCCACAGCCACAGUAGAGCACUUUUGGGCCACAGACCCAGGAGGGGACUUUUGGGCUACACACCCAGUAGUGGACUUUUGGCCCUCAGCCUCAGGAUGGGACUCUUGGGCCAUAGCCCCAGGAGGGGACUUUCUGGAGUCAGAAACACAUGUGGAAUUCUAACAGACAUAUUGUUGUUUAUUUUAAAUUGACAACCAACAUCUUGCCAAAAUAUAAUUUAAUUAUUAAUAUAAAUUACAGAAAUGUUA